CAGUUCAACAGAACUACAAAACCUAUAGUACAGGGAGGCAACAAACCCUAUCACAAUUAAUUUAGCAGGAAACAUUCAGCCUUCCCUGCAAACCUGUCAAAGAAGUCUCCUUAUUGAAUGUUUGGAUAAAAAGGAUUAAAUUGUUCUUGAUCCGUCCUCCACUACCAACUGCCAUAUGACUGUGUGUAUUUAACAAGGCAUAGCUUGAUAACAGGGAUAGGUGGUUCAAAGAAAUCCCAUUCGUAUGAAGCUUAUUGAAGGACGGUUAUGUAGCCGGGGUCAAAAAAUACUUCACAAAGCUGGAAAACAUCAAUUGUAUUUAAUUUACCCAAACUAUUAUACUAUAAACUAUAUACUACAAAGUUUAUUAAAGUAAUUUUUUUUAUUUUUCUACUUCCCUUUUUUAAUUUUUUCCUGUGUCCUGUCUUGGCCCUUCAGGCAUAACAUAUGGAGAAGCUGGCUAUAUGUGCCACGGCCGAUUUGCUUUACAAAAAGGACAUGAAAUCCUGAUUGUGUGAUUAACUUUAUUAAAUCGAGACUGGAUCCAGCAUCAAAGUAAGCAGGCCACGUUGAUGUAAUGGUAACUUGUGUUUGCAUGACCUUCAACCAUUUGGAUUACGUGGGUGGGUUGGUUGAGUAUGUGUGUUGAAAAAUAUGUUUGUGUUGAGUGGGUGUAUGUGAGCAAGUUUGUCAUUUGUACAGUUAAGAGUGGAGAGAAAAGUAGAAGGCCUGCAACACACAGCACCCAAGAUCAGCAAAGGACAGGUGGACUCCGGAAGGCCGCGGCAGACUUGCACAGAUCGUCACCCCAGGGCAUCCAUAUGCCCCGUACAGAGCCAUGGCUGUGGUGAGGUUCUACAGCAACGAAGCUCUGAACGGACGAGCCUUGCAGAGGGCAGCGAAGCUCUUCCCACAUCUGUCAAUCACAACUGAGCUGUGCUUCAACGUGGAACUGACAGGUGGUGAGAGUCUGAAGGCAGAGCAGAAGGAGGUGCUCCUCUGGUUGUUCCGUCCUCCCCUGCAGGCAGAGCCGCUGACUGACGAGCCAAAGCUGACAGAGGGAAGCGGAGACAAACUAGUAGAGAUUGGACCGAGGUUGAACUUCUCCACCGCCUGGUCCACGAAUUCCGUGUCCAUCUGUCAUAGCGCCGGCCUCUCCAAUGUCACCCGAGUCGAGCAAUCCCGCAGGUUUCUAAUCAAGCCCAAGAAUGGACAGAGCGCGAGCGAGUUCAGCGGAGAUGUAAAGAAGCUGAUUGAGUGCCUCCAUGACAGCAUGACGGAGUGUGUCUACCAACAUCCCAUCACCUCCUUCACCGUGGAAACCAGGCCACAGCCGGUGUUUGAGGUGGACAUCCUGGGGAAGGGUCGCGCUGCCUUAGAGACUGCAAACCAUGAGCUGGGUCUGGCCUUCGACUCCUGGGACCUGGACUACUACACGUCCAUGUUUCAGAGGAUCAAUAGGAACCCCACCAGUGUCGAGUGUUUUGAUCUGGCCCAGUCCAACAGCGAGCAUAGCCGUCACUGGUUCUUCCGGGGGCGAAUGGUGAUUGAUGAGCAGGAGCAGGAGGAGACUCUGUUCAGUCUCAUCAUGGACACCCAGCGGCACAGCAACCAGAACAACGUCAUCAAGUUCUGCGACAACAGCAGCGGCAUCAGAGGCAGGGAGCUGCAGUGCAUUUACCCAGCAGACCCCUCUGAAGCGAGCCCAUAUGAGACAAGAUGCUCAAUGAGACAUGUUAUCUUCACUGCUGAGACACACAACUUCCCAACUGGUGUUGCACCGUUUAGCGGGGCCACCACAGGAACUGGAGGUCGCAUCAGAGAUGUUCAGAGUGCUGGACGAGGAGGGCACGUCAUCGCUGGAACUGCAGGAUACUGCUUUGGAAACCUGCACAUCCCAGGGUACAGUCUCCCCUGGGAGCACGAAGGAGAGGGGUGGCAGUAUCCGUCCAGCUUUGCCCCUCCACUGCAGGUCGCAAUCGAGGCCAGCGAUGGGGCUUCAGACUAUGGCAACAAAUUUGGAGAACCAGUCCUCUCAGGGUUUGCCCGUUCCUUUGGCAUGCGGUUGGCUAACGGCGAGCGGCGGGAGUGGAUUAAGCCCAUCAUGUUCAGCGGCGGUCUUGGGUCGAUCGAAGACAGCUAUGUGAAAAAAGAAGAAGCCGAAGCUGGUAUGGAGGUGGUGAAGAUCGGCGGGCCAGUGUAUCGGAUUGGCGUGGGAGGAGGAGCGGCCUCUUCUGUUCAAGUGCAAGGAGACAAUUGCAGCGAGAGGGAUCUGGGAGCGGUCCAGAGGGGAGAUGCUGAGAUGGAGCAGAAGAUGAACCGUGCUCUCAGGGCAUGUCUGGAAAGAGGCAAUGGCAACCCGAUUUGCAGCAUUCACGAUCAGGGAGCAGGAGGAAAUGGCAAUGUUCUUAAGGAGCUCAGCGAGCCAGCGGGGGCUGUGAUCUACUGCAGCAAAUUCAAGAAAGGUGACCCCACACUUAGUGUUUUGGAGCUAUGGGGGGCAGAGUAUCAGGAGAGCAACGCUCUUCUGCUGCGCCCCACAGACAAGUCUUACUUGGAGAGGGUUUGUCAGCGUGAGAAGUGUCCUGUUGACUUUGUGGGACACAUCACAGGAGAUGGAAAGAUCGUGCUGGUGGAUGACGAAAGCAACAGCGAACAGGCAGGCGGGCUCCGCCAUCCAGUUGACCUGCAGCUAGAGUGGGUUCUGGGCAAGAUGCCACAGAAAGAGUUCAUAAUGGAGCGACAGGCCCUCACCAAUCAGCCCCUGACUCUUCCUGAAGAGCUGACAAUCAGAGAUGCUCUGCAGCGGGUUUUACGUUUGCCUGCUGUGGCCUCUAAGCGCUACCUGACCAACAAGGUGGAUCGCUCUGUGACUGGCCUGGUUGCCCAGCAACAGUGUGUCGGCCCUCUUCACACCCCACUGGCCGACGUUGCCGUCGUUGCUCUGUCACCGUUCAGCCUGGAGGGAUCGGCCACUGCCAUCGGGGAGCAGCCAGUCAAAGGCCUGGUUUGUCCUGCAGCGGGGGCUCGGAUGGCUGUCGGAGAGGCUCUGACUAACCUGGUGUUUGCCAGAGUCACGGCUCUGAAGGAUGUGAAGUGUAGCGGGAACUGGAUGUGGGCUGCCAAGCUGCCUGGUGAGGGGGCGUGUCUAUGGGACGCCUGCAAAGCUAUGUGUGAGGUCAUGGGUCAGCUGGGGGUGGCCAUCGACGGGGGAAAGGACUCUCUGAGUAUGGCAGCAAGAGUGGGGACAGAGACUAUCAAAGCUCCAGGCGCCCUGGUUGUUUCUGCAUAUGCUGUUUGCCCUGACAUCACUGCCACGGUGACACCAGAUCUGGAGGAUCCAGAUGAAAAAGGAGUGUUGUUGUGGGUUCCUGUUAGUCCAGGCUGCCACCGUCUCGGCGGCUCUGCCCUGGCUCAGUGCUACAGCCAGCUGGGAGACAGCUCUCCUGACCUGGACCAGCCUGAGUUCUUGAGCGCCUGCUUCAACACCACCCAGAAGCUCAUAGAGGAUCAUCUGCUCAGCGCAGGACAUGACAUCAGCGAUGGAGGCCUCAUUUCCUGCCUGCUGGAGAUGGCGUUUGCUGGAAACCGUGGGCUUGAUGUUGAGCUUUCUUCUGAAGGAUGUGGAGUGAUGGAGCUGCUGUUCAGCGAGGAGCUGGGUUUGGUUCUGGAGGUUAGUCAGACUGAUCUAGAAACUGUUUGUCAGAGAUACAGGGAUGGAGGCCUGCAGUGCCAUCACAUUGGCAGAACCUGCGGCUUUGGACCAGACGCUAUGGUUAGAGUCCGGGUGGACGGACAGGAGGUACUUUACGAAUCACUGCCUGACCUCAGAGCCGUUUGGGAGGCAACAAGCUUCCAAUUGGAGCGCCUCCAAGCAGAUGAGCUCUGUGUGAAGCAGGAGGAGGAAGGACUUUCCAAGAGGACGCAACCCUACUUUAAACUGACCUUUGACCCAUCUGAAACACCCAGCAUACACCAGCUGACUGCAGGUCUACCACGUGUUGCUGUGAUCAGAGAGGAGGGCAGCAAUGGCGACCGAGAGAUGUCCGUCUCUCUGUACAUGGCAGACUUUGAGGUUUGGGAUGUCACCAUGCAGGACCUCUGCUCCGGCUCCUUGACCCUCCACCCUUUUAAGGCGGUCGUGUUUGUUGGAGGAUUCAGCUACGCAGAUGUCCUGGGAUCAGCUAAAGGAUGGGCUGCAACUGUGACUUACAACCCCAAGGCCAAGGCUGAAUUUGAUCGCUUCCAGCGGAGAGAAGACACCGUGAGUCUGGGAGUGUGCAAUGGCUGCCAGCUGCUCGCCCUCCUGGGCUGGGUGGGAGAGGGAGAGGAUGGAGCAGACUCUGAAGUGGUGCUGACCCACAAUCGAUCCACAAGGUUUGAGUCGCGGUUUGUCAGCGUUGGGAUCCAGAAGUCCCCGUCCAUCUGGCUGAGAGGCAUGGAGGGAUCUGCUCUGGGAGUCUGGGUUGCGCAUGGAGAAGGUCUAAUGCGAUUCUGUAGCUCUCAGGCCCAAGACCUGAUCACCUCUUCUGGACUCGCCCCUCUCCGUUACCUUGACGACCAGGGCUGCCCCACUGAGGAGUACCCUCUGAACCCCAACGGGUCCCCUCAGGGUAUUGCAGGCCUGUGCUCCGGGGACGGAAGGCACCUGGCCAUGAUGCCCCACCCGGAGCGCUGCACCCUCGGCUGGCAGUGGCCCUGGGCUCCGAGGGACCUCAGGCCUUCACUCACACCUUCACCAUGGCUGCGCAUGUUCAGGAACGCAGCCGCCUGGUGCAGCAACACAGAUUAAUGCUACCACUUUAAUGUGAUUCUAAUGAUGUUUACUUAUUACAUUACAUUUAUUACAAUUUUAA